AUGGCGCGUCCCUAUCGCAAUAACUGGCACCCAUAUCAAAACAACAACAACAACAACAACCGGAAGGGUUGGCCAAAGAAGAGAGGCUGGGAGGAGAAGUUGCAUCGCGCAGAUGACCAAAUCGCCCCAACCCUCGCUUCUCGCUCCACUGACGACCUCCAACGCUGGGCCCUCGUGACCGCCAACAUGCCGCAACAAGGCCAUCGCAAGAACGAAACCGAAAUCAUUGAGCGCAUCCAACGAAGAUAUGAGCAUCCUAAUAAUCAAAGCCAAACUCCACCAGCGCCGUUCCAGGGCUUGCACCACGCCCCAGCCCAUCACGACGCAUUUCAUGAACCCAUAGGGAAAGCUUCCAGUCCACCAAUAACUCCAUACGCCAACGCCUGGAAACGGCCACGGUCCAUGUCACCCCCAUCAUCUCGACACUCGCUGCGUAACGAUCUCAGUGCAUUUGGGUACGUGCAAUCGAUGAAGCGGCGUCGGUCCAGGUCACCAUCCCCAGCGAGUUCCUUGCAUUUCCCCACCACAAAGCAGAGGCACCAGACUGGCACAGUGGCUGCUAGUGAGGUCGACGAGGAUUAUGAUUAUGCUCAAUCGAGCGAUUGGAGCUUUCCGAGCAGCGAUCACGAUGCGGCCGACAGCAGAUGA